GUCCGAUGGCUUAAAAGUUUUAUUGUGAAAAGGAAGGCAGGAAGUGUUGGUGGCGUUGCGCACGCGGUCUUGAUGCUGGCGGUGCGUCAGGCUCAGUCCGGUCUGGGUCGUGUCGAAUUGGCUGCGUCUGUUGGUUCUUCGCUGCGGCGGGGAAAUACGAUGCGGAUGCGGAGCAGUGGCGGAACCGGAGCCCGUGACCCAGUUCAGUCCAGGACCAGAGCCAGGCUAGCUGAACCCUGCGGCCCGGCACGGCUCGGCUCGCAGACGGCAUGACCGCAGGAGCGGCGGUGGUGGAAGAGAGUGCGACAAAGACUCCGGCCGCCGAGAGAGGCAGUUAGCCGGCAGCUAACAGCGCAAUGACCGCGGAGGGAAGCGGCACGAUCCGCAGCCGCAUCAAGAACCUGCUGCGCUCCCCGUCCAUCAAACUGAGGAGGAGGAGCGGCGCCGCGCGGCACAAAGAGGACCUCCGAGACAAGGUGACCUUAGAGAAGGUUCUGGGAAUCACGGCUCCAGGGAACCGAGCUCUGGCCUGCGACCCCCGAACUGGACUGUUGGCCUAUCCUGCAGGGUGUGUCGUCGUCCUGCUGAAUCCUCGGAAGAACAAACAGCAUCACAUCUUCAACAGCUCCAGGAAGGCGAUCACCACGUUGGCCUUUUCUCCUGAUGGGAAAUAUGUGGUUACAGGAGAGAGCGGCCACAUGCCGGCGGUCCGGGUGUGGGAGGUGUCAGAGCGUCUUCAGGUCUCUGAGCUGCAGGAGCAUAAAUAUGGCGUCUCCUGUGUGGCGUUUUCUCCAAAUGGAAAAUACAUCGUCAGUGUGGGAUAUCAACACGACAUGAUGGUCAACGUGUGGAACUGGAAGAAAAAUGUCGUCGUUGCAGCCAAUAAAGUUUCCAGUAAAGUGACGGCCGUCUCCUUCUCAGACGACAGCUCGUACUUUGUAACUGCCGGCAACCGCCACGUCAAGUUCUGGUACCUGGACCACGCCAAGACCUCCAAGGUGAACGCCACCGUCCCUCUGCUGGGGCGUUCAGGGCUGCUGGGAGAGCUCAGGAAUAACUUCUUCAGCGAUGUGGCGUGUGGGCGGGGUCGACAGGCCUCCUCCACCUUCUGCAUCACCUCCUCAGGUCUGCUGUGUGAGUUCAAUGACCGACGACUCCUGGACAAGUGGGUCGAGCUCCGGACAUCUCAGGCCACCUGUCUGUCUGUCACAGACGAGCUGAUCUUCUGUGGUUGUUCUGACGGGACGGUUAGAGCUUUCAGCCCGGUCAGCCUGCACUUCCUCUGCACUCUGCCCCAUCCACACUCCCUGGGAGCUGACAUUUCCAGUUUGGUGGAUGCCAGUCAGCUGUUCUCCUGCAGGUCGGAGGCUCGGUACCCAGACACCGUGGCGGUGACCUAUGACCCAAUCAACCACUGGCUGUCCUGCGUCUACAACGACCACAGUGUUUAUGUUUGGGACGUCCGAGACCUGCGGGACCCCCGAAGGGCUGGAAAACUGUACUCCGCCCUCUAUCACUCCUCCUGUGUGUGGAGUCUGGAGGUGUACCCCGCGGGGGCAGGAGAAGGAGGUGGUGAGAUGCGUCUGCCCCCCGGCUCUUUCCUGUCCUGCUCCUCAGACAACACCAUUCGACUGUGGAACAUCGACAGACACAACGUCCUCAACAGGAACAUCCUGAGCCACGACCUGCAGAAGAUCAUUUACGUUGACGACAACGUAACGAGCCUCAUGGACACAGAGAGCAUCACAGUUGCCAGCGGCAACACAGAGAAGACGGGGUCAUCGGGCUCAGAGGGGCAGCAGACUGACCAGAGCAGGGCGGGAAUCAGGACCCUCAGGGUCAGUCCUGAUGGGAAGCACCUGGCCUCCGGAGACCGCAUGGGGGUGCUCAGGAUCCAUGAUCUGGACAGUAUGGAGGAGAUCCUGAACGUCCAGGCUCACGACUCAGAGAUCCUCUGCCUCGAGUUCUCCAAACCCGACACAGGUCUCCAGUUAUUAGCCACGGCCAGUCGGGACCGCCUGAUCCACGUCCUGGACGCGGGCAGAGAGUACAGUCUGGUUCAGACUCUGGAUGAACACUCUUCCUCCAUCACCGCCGUCAGAUUCGCCGCCAAUAACGGGAAGGUGAGGAUGAUCAGCUGUGGAGCCGAUAAGAGUGUCUACUUCCGCACUGCUCAGCAGGUGGAGGCGGGGUUAGAGUUCACUCGGACUCAUCACGUCGUCAGGAAGACAACUCUGUAUGACAUGGACAUCGAAUCAACCAGGAAGUACGCGGCAGUGGGCUGUCAGGACCGCAGCAUCAGGAUCUUCGACAUCAGUAACGGGAAACAGAAGAAGUUGUAUAAAGGCUCUCAGGGAGAGGACGGCACUCUCAUUAAGGUGCAGAUCGACCCGUCAGGUCUCUACAUCGCCACCUCCUGCUCAGAUAAGAACAUCAGUAUAUUUGACUUCUACUCUGGAGAGUGUGUGGCCACCAUGUUCGGACACUCGGAGAUAGUCACAGGUUUGAAGUUCAGCAGCGACUGCAGACACCUGAUCACAGUCUCUGGAGACAGCUGUAUCUUUGUUUGGCGUCUCAGUCCAGAGUUGACCAUCAGGAUGAGGCAGCGACUCGCUGACCUCCAACCUCCCAGCAGCAACCACAGCUCCCAGAAUGCACCUCAGCAAAGAGCAGUCCACCUCAGCAGGGAGGCGGCGUCUCCUCGUGUCGUCACCAUGUCAUCCGACAGUGACAAAGAGGAGGAAGAGGAGGGGGCGGAGGGGGAGGAGCUCUGUUGUCCUUAUAUGGUCCCAACAGGAAGUCUAGAGGAGCAGGAGACAGAUUUGUGCGAUGAGAAGUUCAACUCUCUGGACUCUCAGUACCUGAGAGACGGCAGGAAGGAGGCGUCAGGGGGACGACUCCCCCGCCGUCGCUGGUCCAGGAGGACGGGCAGCGCUGACGGUGUCCUGAUGGUGAAGUCCAUGUUGGACCUGAGACUGCUGGACUCGUACUGUCCUGACAGACAGGAGGAGAAGGAGGUGGAAAAAGAGGAGAACAUCUGCCCCUUGGAUGUUAGUCCCUCCGCAUGCACCUCGAGGAGAAGGUGUCAUGGUGUUGAGGCGGGGCUUCACAGGACCAAUCAGGAGCUGGGGAGCACCUUCAGUUUGCAGGUCACCCCUGCAUGGGUGGAGGACGACGAAGCAAGGACCAGUCAGAGGCCAGACUUCAUCCUGCUGUCCAAUCAGGUCCCAGACAGGGAGGAUCCAGUGCUAUAUCCUGACCAAUGGGAGGACAGAAUGAGCCUGCCAGGCAGUGAGUUCCAGGUAAAGGAGGCGUGUCCUGUUGCUGAAGGAGGACGACAGGACAAACCCAGCCCAGACAGCGCCUGCUCACUGGGAUUUAAUUCCAGACUGUCCAGCCCCGAGAGACCUGCAGGAGACGACUCAGAGCCCACGGAGCCUCUCAGUGUGGAUGGAAACUCCUCUGAGCUGGAGAUGGAGGAGGAUGAUGAGGAUGGAGAAGGUGGAGCUGAAGGAGGUGGUGGGGAGGUCAGGGUGUCUCAGCAGGUCCCACAGACUCCAGACCAAGAAGCUUUCCUGAAGGAGCACUUUGUCACCCUGGCUGACCUCUCAGCCUCAGGGAGUCCGAGCAGAGCGUCUCACAGCUCCACCGAGAGUCUCAGCAUUUCCUCGAGGUUCCUGUCCCAGAGCUCAGCUGGAAGUCGGGCUGUGUUUCCUCUCCCGUCUCAGACCAGCAGGGGAGGAGGAUCAGGGGAGGUAAAGGCCCAUCUUCUGGUCUCUGAGGUCCGGCCUCUAAUGGAGCAGAAUCAGAACCGGACCCAGGACAGGAGGGUAUCAUGGAACCAGGAACAAACCCAUAAACAGAACCAGGACCAGACCUCCUCCCCUCAGGAUCAGAUCCAAUCCCAGAACAGGAGCAACCAUGACCAAACACAGCCCACUCAGGUCAGGAAGCCGGUCCAGCAGGGUUCAGAUCAGCUCCUGAGCCGGGUUGAGGAGGGGGAGACCUCCUUUGUUCAGCAGGCCCAAAGACCCUCCCCACUGAAGAAGAAGGUUCAGACAUCUGUGGAGUCCAAGAGGAACGUGGGCCCGACGGCCUGGGCUGCCACGUCCCAUCUGAGCGCCUCCUCUGGGCUCCGGAAGGCCCAGUCAGUCCACAGCCUGCUGAGCGACACAGGUGACCCCUCUUCCUCCCAGUUCACCUCUCGUCUGUCCACAGAGGUUCUCCCUCAGCGUCCCACCACCCUUCCCUUGUCCCCCAGAUGCCUCCCAUCAUCCACAUCCCUGCUCUCUCAGAAACCCAGCCCCGUCUCCCCCAGGUCCCCCCAGCAGGAAGCAGCUGCUGCUCCGUCUGCUGCCACCACACCAAGGAAGUCUUCAUCAUCCUCCUCCACCCAGUCAGCGCCGCGCUCUUACAUGAGCCCCACUGCCAGUUCCAUGGCCAAGAUGUCCCGCUCCGUCUCUGUGGGAGACGCCCUCAACAUUCCAGAACCUUCUGAGGAUCCUGCAGUGACAUCAUCAUCGUCAUCACUGGUAACCUCCUGCUCUCAUGUCAAAGAGACUCCACCUCCUCCGGUUGCCGUGGUGCCUUCCAACGCCGCUCUGGCCCCACCCCCCCACAUCGCCGUUGUCCCCAUCGUUGCCGGCACCUCCACCUUCUCUUUGUCUGCGGGUAACCAUGGUAACCAGGCAGUUCCUCCCACCCGCGGCCUCCAGGCUCGGGUCCCCGGCAGCAGCAGACCGCUCCCUGACAAACCUUCCCUGGCUUCCUUCUCACCAUCAUCCAAGACUGCCGCCACCUCUUCCUCUUCUUCCUCCUCGUCUCGGCCUCCUGCGGUCUCCGUCCCCCCCCUGAUUCCCCCCCAGCAGGGGGAGGAGCGUCAAACUGAAGAGCAAGGGCAUGACGCAGGUUUGGACUCUCAGCCUCCUCCUCUCAACCCCCCCACCCCCUCUUCAUCACUGCAGUCCUCCUCGUCCUCUCACUCCGUGCUGACUGACCAGCCAAUCAGUGUGGAGACCUGCAGGGCUCUGACCAGUGAGCUGCAGAGCUGCUUUAAGAGAGCCACACAUCUGUACAGGCAGGUGAGCGGCUCCUCCACUGAUGACUCCGCCCCAGACCGGUGUCAGAUGGCCAUCCUCCUAUCAGAGACCUUCCAGGCCAUGAGGGCAGAGCUGGACUCCCUGCCGCUCAGCUCCCCGAGCAUGCUGGGAGCAGAGGGGGGGUUGGGAGGAGUUGGGGAGGUGAAGACAGCUGCUCUGCUGGAGGAGUACUCUCUGCUCCUGCUGCAGGCCGUACACAGGAGGAUCAACACCACCACAUACUGAGCUGAUCUGGAUCAGUUACUAUGGAUUUCAUUUUUUCCCCUCCCCAUUCUCCUCCUCCAUCUUUCUCUCCAUCUCUUCAGCUGCUCUAAAUCCACCUCCUUCUUUGUUCUUCAGUUUUUCCUUUGUUCUCUCGUUUCUUCUCUUUUCCUCCUCAUCCUCUCAGAUGAGAGAUCUGAAGCCAUUUCCAUUUUGAGAUUUUAUUUUGAAAAAAUUGUUGUGGUCUUACAGGAAGACGACAGAUCAUCUGUUUUGUAAAAAGCUGAGGUGAGUUUGAGACUCGCAGCUCUGAGCUUGUUUUUUAAAGACGUUUCUCCGACCGAACCGUGAGGAUGUUCCCACUCCUCUGGCUCUGUUUUCAUUCCGUGAAGUUCCCGCCAUUUGUCUGGAGGGAACGGGAGCUUUGGCGUCCCGUCAGUCUGAAGGAUUAUUGAUUAUUGUUGUAAAAACGAUGUUAGACUGUAGAGAAGAGACUUUUUAAAGCAACAAAGAGCAAUAUGAAACUUUCUGUCACUGUUUGAUUUGAAACUUUAUUGUUUUUGUGUUUGAUGUAAAUUUUCUUCCCUGAGUUCAGCUGAACCUGAAAGAGACUUCCUGCUCCUCAGGAGUUCAGGUGUGAUUUUUACAUCCUGAGCAGUUUGAGCUUCACCUGUCACACCACUGAACACUGACACUGUCCUCACCUGAAACAGGAAGCACUUUACACACUGAUGUUUUUAGACUUUUGUUAUGACUGUUAAUGGAGGGUGUAAGUUUUUAGAAUCAUUAAACACUUCGGGGGUUUGUUGGUUUAAAUCUGGGCUCACGUUGUUUCUAAUAAACAGGUCAAAGUUCACUUUGACCUGUUUUCAUGUUUAUAUUUAAUAAAAGUUCUGACUUGUGA